UCGGAAGUUGAGUCCAUCGGCAGCGGCGGCGGUGUUCGGGAUGCCAGCGAACGGACUGAAAUGGGUUUUUGAGCGCGGACGGAACAUCAUGAGCUCGUAUAUGAUGCUGGUUCUGCUGCUGCUCGACAUUUACUCCAAAUGUGUGAUCGCGUAUCUGAGUUCUCCUCAUGUGGGUCAGGAGCCGCCGUACGUGGCUCAGCAGAGCCCGGUGAUGACCAGCCCGGUGGCCCUGACCGCAUCCUCCGCCUCUCCAGUGGUGACGGAUAACUACCUGUCCAAGUGUCCCAGCGGCGGCCUGUGCUCCAAACUCCCGGCCGAGUGCAUCAUCUGCGCCUAUCACCACAACUGCAGCUACGGCCGGCCGGCCAACUUCACCUGCAGAGCCAGAGCGGGCGUUCACUGCGUGAACGAGUUGAAUCAGCCGCAGCAGAACUUCACUCUGACGCUGGACUGCCGCUUCUGUUGGCAGCUGGAUCCGUCGCAGUAUCGCUGCUCAAACUCCACCAGCUGCAUGACGGUGUCGUGUCCGCGCAAACGCUACAACGCCACCUGUGAGGCUCUGGAGCACGUGCACUGCCUCGGUAAGCGAGUGUUUCAGAAGCGUCUGUUCUGUAACUGGACGGGAGGAUAUAAGUGGUCCACAGCUCUGGCCCUCAGCAUCACUCUGGGCGGUUUCGGUGCGGAUCGCUUCUAUCUGGGCCAGUGGAGGGAAGGUCUGGGGAAGCUGUUCAGCUUCGGCGGUCUGGGCAUCUGGACGCUGAUCGACGUGCUGCUGAUCGGGGUGGGGUACGUGGGGCCGGCCGACGGCUCUCUGUACAUCUGAGGGUUCGGGAUGGCGUGACCGCGACUCCUCCGUCCCAGAUUUCCGAGCCGUUUCGCACGUGUCGCGUCCAAACUCCCACUGCGGCAGAUUCCCAUCUGCUCCCGAUGCGUGUUCAUGCCUUCAGCAGCACGUCCGACAGACGCCAUCAGAUAGAGGAAGACCGUGAUGAAGACGCUUAACGGUUUGGAGUCUAAAACGUGUACAAUAUGUAUUUAAAGUCAUCUGUGUGUGUGUAAUAUUACUGCUGUAUGUAUAUAUGUGUGUGUAUAUAUGAGAGUGAUUCGCUGUUUCUCACUGCUGAUUUCUGAUUAAAACAAUGUCAGGUUGAUGAUGAUGAUGAUGAUGAAGCUCACCUGUGUUUGCCUUUAUGACUUUAUCUACCAAUAUUCCUCAGAUUCAGCAAGACAAGACACUACAGCUGAAAAUCUGAAGAUUGGAUAAAUCCAGAAUUCUUGUUUUUUUUUUUGAUGUAAUAAAGGUUUUUACAGAAGGUUUUUUUUUUGUAUCACUCCAUAAAUCAGAAAAUAAUGAAAGCUUGUUCCACCACGGGAUAAAAAAUAUUAAGUGGGUAAUUUUAACUUUUUAUCUCAAUUCUGAGGUUUUUUAGAUAUAAAAUCAGAAUUGUGAAAUAUAAACUAUUGGAAUUAUGUUUUUUUUUUUCCCACAAGUGUGAGUUUAUAUCUCACAAUUCUGAGGAAAAAAAAGUCAGAAUUGCUGAAACUUUUUAUUUCGCAAUUCUGCCUUUUUUCUCAAAAGUCAAAAUUGUGAGAUAUAAAGUUGUAAUUUUGAGAACAUACCAGUUUUUUUUCUCCAGUUUUUUUUCUUGCGAAUGUGAAUAUGUUUUGCAAUUGUGACUUCUUUUUCUCGCAGUGAGUUUAUAUCUCACAGAUCUGAGGACAAAAGUCAGAAUUGCAACUUUUAUCUUACAAUUCUGACGUUAUAUAUUCUGAUGCAAUUCUAAGAUAUUUGUGAGAUGCAAAAUCAGAAUUGUGAAAUAUAAACUGUUGCAAUUAUCUUUUUUAUUAUUCAUUCAGAAACAAAACAAAUUCUGAAACACAAAUAUUUAUAUAAUUCUAUGGAAGCCUGCUGAAUAAAAAAAUAAAGGUAAUUGCAACUUUUUGAUCUCGUAAUUUUGACUUUAUAAUAUGCAAUUUUAUAUUAUGCCAAAAUUGUGAGAUAUAAACUCAAAUCUGAGAACAUACCAGUCUGUUUUUCCCCCACUUUUUUCCCACAAUUGUGAGUUUAUAUCACGCAAUUCUGAGAAAAAAAAGUCAGAACUGUGGGAUAAAAAGUUGCACGAACAUUUUUUAUUUAUUUAUUUUUUUCGGUGGCAGAAAGUUUACAUCUCACAAUUCUGGCGUUUUUUCUCAGAAUUCUGAGUUUGCAUCUUGCAAGUCUGUGUUUAUUUCUUUUUUGUGAGAAUUGCAAGAAAAGUCUGAAUUGUGAGAUCAAAAGCUUCAAUUACCCUUAUUUUUUAUUCUAUGGAAGAGAAACAAGCUGGCGUAGAAAAUACUGUAAACAGAGGAAUGAACACAUUUUCACCAUGUUUUUAGGAGUAAAAUGUAUAAAUCUGAAAUAUGAACAAAAUAUAGAAAAUAGAGAGGAAUACAAUUGUAAAGUGCAUUGUUUGUAAGAGAAAAAAACUCUUUAAAGAUACGGACUGGAAUUGAAAUCUUCAGACACAAAUAGAUAAAGUGCAAUAAAAUCAACACUUAAAUAUG